AGUUAUGCGUCUGCUCUCGCUCAGACUGUACGCUGUGUUAAGUUUCCACCAUGAGUUCUGUACGACCUUUAUCACUUGCUGCUCGAGAUACAAUUGAGAAUCUCCCAACGGACUUUACGGGGGCCCUCUCAACGACACAACACCAGCAAGUUCUCGAGGCUUUCUCGCGACUCGAUCUUCUUUCCCAAGGAUCACAACGUCCGAAAUUGUUCCAGCUCAGAUGCCUCAUAUCAUUACUUUCCGCGAGACACGUUGUACUUCGAGCUGCGACAGGCUCUGGAAAGACCCUUGCUAUGAUUCUCCCUUGUCAACGAUGUAUCGAGAUCAAAUGA